ACGUAUCCACACGCUAACCGCCGCCUACUCCACCUGCCGAUCUUUCCCCGCCACCUCGCCUCGCUCUCACACGCCGAUCUUCCCCACCUGCCCCGACCACCUCCGUAUCCAUCCUCACUCCCACUUCCGCCAGCACCAGCCCGCGCUUUAUUUUCUCCCCGCCCGCGCACUAAGCGCGCCGAUUAGCAUGCGUGGGUGGACCGGUGGUGGCACAUGUCGCUGCGACGUCUCUGCUUCGUGCUGCCGAUGGACGUCGACGAGGCCGCCGUCCUGGCGCCGGCGGCGGAGGAGGAGGCGCGCUGCCGGGUGACGGCCCGCCAGACGGUUCGGUCGUGCGUCCGCGGCGCGGUCGGCCGCGUGCUGUCGUGCCUCCGCUGCCGGUCCUGCGCCGGUGCCCCCGACUCGCCGGGGAUGGCGGCGUUCGAGGAUAUCGCUGGCGUGGAUGCGGGUGGAGGGAGGAAGCAGCUCGCGGGGUCCGGCGGCGGCCCGAGGAUCUUCAGCUACUCGGAGCUCUACAUCGGGACCAACGGGUUCAGCGACAAGGAGAUCCUCGGGAGCGGAGGGUUCGGGCGGGUGUACCGCGCCGUGCUCCCAAGCGACGGCACGACGGCGGCCGUCAAGUGCAUCGCCAGCCGCGGCGAGCGGUUCGAGAAAUCCUUCCUGGCGGAGCUUGCGGCUGUGGCGAGGCUGCGGCACCGCAACCUCGUACGGCUCCGCGGGUGGUGCGUGCACGGCGGCGAGGAGGCGGCGGAGCUGCUGCUGCUGGUGUACGACUACAUGCCCAACCGCAGCCUCGACCGCCUGCUCUUCUCGCCGGCCUCCGCCGCCAAGCAGCAGGUGGUUCCCGUGCUGAGCUGGGACCGGCGGCGGCGCGUCGUCGCCGGGCUGGCCGCCGCGCUUUUCUACCUGCACGAGCAGCUGGACAAGCAGAUCAUCCACCGGGACGUCAAGACAAGCAACGUCAUGCUCGACGCGGAGUACAACGCCCGGCUUGGGGACUUCGGCCUCGCCCGGUGGCUCGAGCACGCGGUGUGCUCCGACGGCGCGCCGCCGCCGCCGCCGAACCUGGUGGUGUCACCGUCCCUGCGGUUGUCGUCGUCCUCUGCAUCGGCGAACAAUCAUCAGUUCCGGCUGAUAGACACGACUAGCCGGAUCAGCGGAACAAUCGGGUACCUGCCGCCGGAGAGCUUCCAGCCCCGGGCCAUGGGCACCGCGAAAUCCGACGUCUUCAGCUUUGGGAUCGUGCUCCUGGAGGUGGCCACAGGGCGGCGCGCGGUCGACUUGGCGUACCCCGACGACGAGAUCUUUAUGCUGGACUGGGUGCGGCGGCUGUCCGACUCCGACGAGGGGAAGCUGCUCAACGCCGCAGAUGGUAAGCUGCCGGACGGCGCCUCCGCGCUGUUCGACGUCGGGCGCUUCAUCCAUCUCGGCCUCCUCUGCUCGCUGCAUGACCCCAAGGCUCGUCCAACCAUGAAAUGGGUGGUGGAGAACCUGUCCGACGGCUGCUCCGGCGACCUCCCGCGUCUCCCCUCGUUUGCGGCUCAUCCCAAAUACUUCUCUCUCACUGCUUCAUCCUCUGACGACUCCGGCACGACAGCAACCGGCACCACCGACGACAGCACGGCAACAACACAAUCCAAGCCCAUCUUGUACGCCACCGCUGCUGCAGAUACCAUUUACGACACUGCAGAAGAUGGAGGAUCCAGCUCCAGGUCCGCCGAUUCAGGUGGCAACACCCGGCGGCCGGUGGCGAUCCCGGACGUAGACACGCCGCGCGCCAUCUCCUACGAGGAGAUCGUCGCGAUCACCAACGACUUCUCCGACUCCCAGGUGGUCGCCGAGCUCGACUUCGGAACAGGGUACGAGGGCUUCUUGGACACCGGCCACGGCCGCCGCGUUCAUGUCCUCGUCAAGCGCCUCGGCAUCAAGACAUGCCCGGCGCUGCGGGUCCGGUUCGCCACAGAGCUCUGCAACCUGGCCAAGCUCCGCCACAGGAACCUCGUCCAGCUGCGCGGGUGGUGCACGGAUCACGGGGAGAUGCUCGUCGUCUACGACUACUCCCCGGGGAGCCUCCUGAGCCACCACCUGAUCCGGCGCGGCGGCGGCGACGCGGCGCCGGCGGCGGCCCUCCCGUGGCGCCACCGGUACAGCAUCGUCAAGGCCCUCGCGUCGGCCAUCCUUUACCUCCACGAGGAGUGGGAUGAGCAGGUCAUCCACCGCAACAUCACCUCCUCAGCCGUGUUCCUGGACCCCGACCUGAACCCGCGUCUCGGGAGCUUCGCGCUGGCCGAGUUCCUCUCAAGAAACAAGCACGGCGGGCACCACGCCGUGGUAUCUGCCAGCAGCUCGGCGCGGGGCAUCUUCGGAUACAUGUCGCCGGAGUACAUGGAGACCGGCGAGGCGACCACCAUGGCCGACGUCUACAGCUUCGGCGUGCUAGUACUGGAGGUGGUCACCGGCACGAUGGCGGUGGACGGGAGGUUGCCGGAGGUUCUUCUUGUCAGAAAGGUUCAGCUGUUUGAACAGCUGAACCGACCGGUGGAGGCCCUGGCGGACAGGCGGCUGGACGGCAUGUUUCACCGCAGGGAGCUUGUGCGGUUGGCCAAGCUUGGAAUCGUGUGCACCCGGUCGGACCCGGCAGCGCGGCCGAGCAUGAGGAAGAUUGUGAGCAUUCUGGACGGCAGCGACCAGGUGCUGGACAAGUUUGAGCAGAGGAAAGAGAGCGCAGAGGACUGGCGGAGAAGGAACGCUGCUAAUCUUGCCUUGGUAAGGAGAUUCCAGGCUCUUGGCAUACACUGAAUGCUUUGAAACACAUCUUUGGUUGUUCUGGAGACAUGUAACUUCUUCUAUGAGUUUAACAUCUGAUGUAUAUACUGUUUGUAUUUGUGUUUCAUGUGUCAGCAAUUCAGUAUCUUGAUGCAUGGAUGAAGCUGAUGAAUAGACCACCAUACUUGUAUUUAGUACUGAACACGAGAAUGUUUUCUUCCU